AUGAUCCUGGAGAAUACUGCGGCAGACGACAAAUCGAAGCUUUCAAAGAAAUACAGCGAUAACGUACCUAAUGAAGGUCAAUCCAAUGCUUCCACUAGCUCAUACUUGAAUGGGGCCAACGAGCGCGACCACCUUUUGGUGGACCUGAACCCUCAGGGACCACCUCCCGACUUCUCUCCAUACCAAGCUGAACAUUUCGAGGUUGGCUACGACGACGUUGUAUCGCACGAUCCACACCUCAACUCUGACGGCGAAGCGCUAUAUCGCUUCCUGCUAGCCCAAUCUUCCUCAUGUCCUAUCUACCGCCUUCAUUGCAAAGGCACGCACACCGAGUCACGCACGCGGUGGGUCUCGCAACGCGACUCCCAUGGCCGCACCCGCAACGUGCAGGAGACCUACAACGACACCAUCACCGACUUCAACUUCUGCAUCGACAUCAUCCCGGGCGAUGUCGAUGCGUCUCUCAGUACGCAUGACGGCAUGCCAGGCCGGACGAGGAUCGUCAAGCCUGUGCAGUGGACCGUGCCUGACGACGAACCAGCGUACCGGGGCAAGAUGGUGCGCGAGUACGAGGUCGAGCCGUACUCGGUGACCGCUGCCGCCUCGAGCGCCGAGGAGUGGAACGAGAGCGGGCGGCGCAAGGCCCGUCGCAAAGAAACCAAGGCGUACGAUAAGUGGGUGGAGAUGCGCACCGCACAUGGGUUCCCGCCAUGGGUGCGCGAGCAUGAUGUGAGCAGUGGGCUCCUACGUGACCCGGCCUCUGCGUCCAUAUCGGAGAAAGAUACCCUGAAGUCGUCCAAGACGCUGCGCCAGUGGGCGGACGAGUACUGCGCGAGCCCGAAAUACCUCAAAGAAUUUGUGUACUCCAAGGAAGCGUACGGAUGGAAUAUGGAGCAGCUUGAACGCGCCGUGCGCGCCACCAUCCAAAGCACGCCGUACAACGGCACACUCACCGUCGAGCUCACGCCGCACAACACCAAGAUCUACGUGCGGCCAGACAACAAGCUCUCGCGGAUGCUCUCGAACAAAUGGCUCAAAUUCCUGUCUAUCAUCCUACUCAUUUUCCCUUUCGUUUGGCUGUACAAGCGCUUCCACCCGCGCGGCGGAGGCAGGUGGGAGGUGUGUGGGGGCGCGUACGCAUUGAAACAGUGGGUGCCAGUCGAGUCGGAGCAGGACGCUGUGGCAGCUGCAGCCGAGUUCAGCACGACUCCGGGUAACAGCCGGUCCACCACGCUCGACGACCUCCCUUCAUACGAGGACGCCGCCGACGUCAGCGUCACUGGCUCCGCAAUGCCGCCUCGCAACCCUUCUUCUUCUUCUUCUUCAAGUUCGCGACGCUUCAUGCAGACACCGACUGGCCCAAAGAAACUUGUAGGCAUCAAAGAGGGCGAGUGGUAUAAGAGCUGGGAGGGCGCGAUCACGCGUGCUGUCAUAGGCAGAUACCAAUCCGAUAUUCCUCUACCCAGAAACGCCUGGUCGACGAUCCAAGCUCGCUCCUUGGACGGGUACACCGACGCGCCUCACGUUCCUUUGGUUAAUUUCUAA